GCGAUGCGUGGAACCGCUGUCUUUAUUUUGAUUUGCUUCCUAAUUGACCCACAUAAAGCCAUCGGUGACAGGGCUUCCACCGACCCUGAGGCACGAUCAGAGGCGAAGGCGAAUUGGAGGCCGGUAAUAUCCUUUCAUGAGAAAUCCCAUUUGCUAUUGUGAUCGUCCAAUAGCAGUAUACCCUCGGCUUGUUAGGCUUUGACUUGACUUGGAUGUUUCUUUACCACAGCUCCGCUUCUCGUUGUGCUGGCGCCUUAGACGCACAAGGAUUUAAUCACGCUAAAGAGAUGGUUGAGCGGGGGAAUCGUGAGGGAAAUGAUUGGUUACUUUUCGCGUACAAGUAUUAGCGAACCACUCAGCUACUGCGGUACUUUUUGCACGAGAAAUGCAUGACAAAAUCCCACAGCGACAUACUUCACCCUCAUCGAGGGGCUCGUCGUUUUUCAUCGAGAAUUUACUUGGUUGCUGUAGGACAGAGACAUCUGUCCUUCCCGUAAAGGAAAAUUAUGGCGCGGAGAAUAAGAGUGAGAUGUUUUAUGUGGGCAACACUGAAGCGCAUCGAAAAGAAAUACGCAGGCAAGCAUUUAGCCCAGACUUGAAAACAGAGAUGUGUCGGAGCGACCAGUCGCCGCUGGACUGGUAUGGACGGGAAACCUCCAACUUAAACGCUGCAGAACGACCAGAAAGUCAAGCAGAGCAAAUGCGUCGUCCCAUUGAAAACUGUGCCCGCAGCGACAGAGGCACCCCCGUGAUUUCUGAGGUCCCUGAUGAAGCAGCGCACACAAAAACUAGCGAGUGUGUGGUUGACGAAAGUGAGGAAGCACAACAACUCUUCGAUGCGCGUUCUUGUCCCGACACACCCGAGGCCUGCUCCGCCCGCAAGAAAAAGACACGGACCGUGUUCAGCAGAAGCCAAGUCUUCCAACUGGAGUCAACCUUCGACAUGAAGAGAUACCUGAGCAGCUCUGAGCGCGCAGGCCUUGCUGCCUCUUUACACCUGACCGAGACGCAGGUGAAAAUCUGGUUCCAGAACCGCCGAAAUAAAUGGAAAAGACAACUGGCCGCAGAUUUAGAGGCUGCUAACUUUAACCACAGCUCCCAACGGAUCGUACGGGUGCCCAUCCUGUACCACGAUAAAACUACACCCAUGUCGACAAUCAGUUUUAACCUGUCCCAAGUCUCGCCACCAAUCAUGAGCUUCUCGAAUUCCGUUAACUAUCCAUUGACAUCCUUUGCGCAUUCAAUGAAUUUGUUGACAUCGCAAAUGACAGGCCUCGUCUGACUUUGAUUCUGGUGAUUGACAAAUAUACUGACAAUUGAAUGGUGCAAUAACUGAUAAAACUAUUAAGUUUUCAAGACUGAAAACUGCAGUCUUGAUGUCUACCGCAUCCAAAGAAAAAACGGAUCAUGAAUACACAUUACAAGAGAAACAAGUUUGUUUAUUGUCACUAUUGUCUGUCACAAUUAUACACUCUUGCAUGGGGGCCCUCGCCUAUAUGUAAAUAUAAGGGCAACACUUGUUAUGUGCAAAAUAUAUUUUUAUUCAGAAACACAGUUUUAAACGUUUUGUCACUUUUUCACAUGAUAACUUUG